UCAGGUUCCGGGGCGCCGCCGAGCUCUUGGCCUGUGGGUCGCGAGCGGCGCUCUGCGGAAGCCCGCGCCAGCCAGGCGCUGUCCGGCGGCCCGGAUGGAGGAGGCCGGAGCGGUGGUGGCCACUGCCGGAGAAGCGGAACUGAACUGGUCCCGCCUCAGUGUGUCCGCCGAGACGCUGGAGUCGGAGCUGGAGGCGCGCGGCGAGGAGCGACGCGGCUCUCGAGAGGCGUUGCUGCGGCUGCUGCUGCCCCAUAACCGUCUGGUGUCACUGCCACGGGCUCUGGGCAGUGGCUUCCAGCACCUCCAGCUGCUGGACGUGAGCGGUAACGCGUUGACCGCGCUGGGAUCAGAACUGCUUGCGCUGACCGGCCUGCGCACGCUGCUGGCAAGAAACAACAGGCUUGGCGGGUCAGGCGCGCUACCCAAGGGCUUGGCCGAGUCGCCACUCCGCCACAGCCUCCAAGUGCUCAAUCUCAGCGGCAACUGCUUCCAGGAGGUGCCCGCCUCGCUGCUGGAGCUGCGUGCGCUGCAGACCCUCAGCCUGGGCGGCAACCAGUUGCAGAGCAUCCCGGCCGAAAUCGAGAACUUGCAGAGUUUAGAGUGUUUAUAUCUUGGAGGAAACUUCAUCAAAGAAAUCCCACCAGAAUUAGCAAAUUUGCCUUCUCUGACUUACUUGGUAUUAUGUGACAACAAAAUCCAAAGUGUGCCUCCUCAGCUUUCACAGCUGCAUUCACUUCGUUCCCUCAGUCUCCACAAUAACUUGCUGACCUACCUGCCUCGAGAGAUCCUCAACCUUAUUCAUUUGGAAGAAUUGAGUUUACGAGGAAAUCCAUUGGUUGUUCGUUUUGUCAGAGAUUUAACAUAUGACCCUCCAACUCUCCUGGAAUUAGCUGCACGGACCAUUAAGAUCCGGAACAUUUCCUACACUCCUUAUGAUCUUCCAGGGAAUCUUCUUAGAUACUUAAGUUUAGCCAGCAAUUGCCCAAACCCAAAGUGUGGAGGAGUCUACUUUGACUGCUGUGUCAGACAAAUUAAAUUUGUGGAUUUCUGUGGGAAGUAUCGCCUCCCACUGAUGCACUACUUAUGUUCGCCAGAAUGCUCUUCACCCUGCAGUUCUGCCUCUCACAGCUCCACUUCCCAGAGUGAAUCUGACUCAGAAGACGAAGCUAGUGUUGCUGCACACAGAAUGCAGAAAGUUCUUCUUGGCUGAACAGAAAUACAGGAUGUUGUGAAAUACUUAAAAAAAAAUGAGCAAAGAUGAUUAGAAAAGAAAAUAGAGCUAGAAGUUGACUAGAAACCUUACUAUCUUCAUCUUGAAUGUCCAUGAGAUGAUGUGAAAGAUUUUAUGUUCAUCUACCCAUUCAGCAGGAAUAAGUUCAAUACCAUGUUUGGAAUCUUUGAAUAUAAUCCGAAUGGCAGAUUCAAAUUUGGCUGAUUGUUGUGCAAUUUCACAAGUUUUGCCUGAAUCACAUAGCAGAAUGGUAUAUUUUGAAGAGCAGUGGUAUAAUAAGGCCAUGAAUAGUGAAACUUGUGGCAGAUGAGAUGAAAAAAAGUAAGAAAUUAUCAAAGCUAUAAUUAUUACCAAGGUUAUCCUUGGGUUUAGGCUGAACACCAUACAACAAACAAGGUUAGCUCUUUGCUUAUUUUGUCGGUCUGUGUAGAUUGCAGACCUAUUCAUAUAAGCUCACACACAGAUGGUUACAUAGGACCUAAACUUUUCUGACCAACUAACUGUAAAGUAAGGGGUAUAACUUGUAAAUGGGAUAACUUUUCAUUUCUUCUUCUUUGUUUUGUAUGAUUGUUAUUAACUUUAUAUAGUUCAGCAAUGACUUGUUAUAGUGCCUUAAUCCUAGCAAGAAUAUGGAACCUUACUCAAGAAAUAAUGCCAGAGCAGCCUAUAACCUAAUGUACUAUGCAAGAUACUUUAAAAUAUGCUUUAACAGAACUAUGUGGAAACUGUAUAACUAACAGCUGAGCUCAUGGCCACCUUAACUUUUUUUUUUAUUAUUUAUAAUUUUUUUCAGUGUGCAGUGGUCCCUUGUAAGCAAAUCACUUUUUAUAGUUAAUGGGAAGCUACCAUCUUGAUCAGUUUAUUCCUUAUCAGACAGAAUAAUACUUUUAAUAAAAACUUGGAAAAGAUGUAAGCCAAGAAAGCUUCUUUGUAUCUUGAAUGAAUAGGGGGGAAAUUUUAACAGUCAAAUGUGACUCCUUUGUGUAGUGUACUAAAGCUGCAACUUUCUCUGCAUUUUAAAGAAAAAUGAAUAAAACUAGAAAAACAUGGCAAUAARGCAAAUAAAGUUAGGAGCAGGAGUCGUGUUCAUACACAAUAGAAUACCAAAACUAGUUAUCCAUGGAAUAAUUUUUUGAAAAUAAAGUACUGAUAGAAUAGAGGGGGGGAAAAACAGAAUAUGAGAUACAGGGAGUUGAUGAUACAUUUAAAAUGUAUCCUUGAAGUAUAGGAGAAAAAUAGUUUCAAAAAUUACCAAAUUUUUAUUAACUAAGUGCUUAUAAACUAAUAUUAUAAAUUGAUAUUACAGAAUACACAACACUUUCAUCAUAAUUAGCUAACCAAUCUAUGAUAAAAUGAUGGCUAGUUGGCAAAUGUUAAGUAUACAGUGAUACACAGGCAGAUUACAUUAGAGCCUCCUGAUCUCUUUUCUGACUUUAGCAUUCAUGACUGGGCACAUCAUUUCUUAAAAGCUGAUUAUUGUAUAUAUAUAUGUAUGUUAGAUUUUUUUCAUAUGUAUUAUUUUUUACUUUAGAAGAAAGUAUAGUAUAGGAUAAUUCAGGGUUUGUGUGUUUAUUUGUGUGUUUAUUCAUGAAACGUCAUGAAAGUUUCAUGACUGCAGUUGUGAAACGCUGCUAUAGAGAUCCCUUUACCUUUACCCUGUUAAAAUGUAGUAAGAUUCUUAUUUUCUUUUUAACUCUGAUUUUUUUAUGUGUAUAGAAGUGAUUUAAUAUGUUUCUACUGUCUAUUGAAGUAGUAUGUGAAUAAUUAUAAAAUAUAAAGUCUUUGCUUACUUCUAAAAUGAGCCAUAGCGAACUGCAGACAGCAAGAUUAUGAAAAGUAAAAAUGACUUAGGCUGUGCCUAAAUGACAAACCUAAAAUGUUUUGUAACUAACUGAUUUAGAUUGGUAGGACCAAAUUUUUCUGGCUUAAAUGCCUCUGUUUACUUCUUGAUUGACUAUUAGCUUUGACAUAAGUUAACAGCUUAGUUGAUCUUCUAAGAAUUAAAUAAGCAUGUAAAUAUAGCAUUUAACCUUCCCAGGCUUCCUAGAAUAAAGGUAUAUUGCUUGAUCUUUUACAGAUAUAAACUACUCCAACCAGAGACAGUUUCUAGCCUGUGCCAUAUAAUGGAGAUGAAUACCAGUGUUCUUUCAACAAAAUCUUUGUUAGGGUUCUUUACAUGUACAGUUGAAAAAUCUAUGAUCGGUGUGCUACUGUCUUUGGUAACUUUUAAGUAAAUCUACAUUUUAGCAUUAGUUUUCCUUUUGUUGUUUUUUUUUUCUCCCAAAUCUUUGACCUUAGCCUUUAUAAGAGCUGCUGAUAGUUUCUAAGAUUUUCUUCUUUUUCACUAUUUUUCCUUUCCUUUUUAAAUAACUGGUGAUUAUAGAAAUUAACCAGAAAAUGAGAUACAGGGAGUUGAUCAUCUAAAACAAUAUAAACAGCUCCCAAGUCAUGUAGCAGACUUUGUAUUUAAAAUGGUAGUCUUACUUGUUAGUUGCUAAGUUCCAUGUUUCUGUUUAACUACUGUUAAUGAAUUUGAGGAUUUUUUUAAACGAUGUGAAAAAACAACAAAGUAGUUUUCAUAAUCAAAUUAGGUUUAGAUAUUGCUCCACUUGGAUGAUUUUAGUGAACAAAACUACUUAAGCAGAACAUUAAUAUAUGUUGAGUGGAAUUCUUCAGUGCUAAUAUUCAAAAUUGGAAUUGGGUACAUUAUACAUUCUCAACUUAUUCCUAGAAUCCAGUGUAUCAGCCUCACCAAACUGAGGCAGAAUAGGACUUUAGGAAAUAGGAAGAUUCACUAAUAUGAUAUUGAUUCCAUGUUGCCAGGGAUUGACUGACAUAAGGACCUGUGAUCAGAAUUCUCAAUAUUCCCUGUAUAUGUAGAGAUAGAUCUAGAGGUGACUGUUCAUAUUUUAUUUCUAAAUGUGUGCCGAAGGAAUCUCUUGUCCUAAAAUUCUUGAUACUAAAAUUUUAAGUUAAAAAAAUUCUAAAGAUUUGCAUUGUAAAUUGUACCUCAAAUGUGAGAAAGUUUUGUGUUUAUGUCAAUAAGAGUAAAAGGCAGUUCAUAAUGGUGCAGCAUAACCAAUUUUACCAGACGUUGUAAAUAUCAAGUUUAUUGCUGGAGUGGUAAAGAAAUCUUUAAAAGCAACAAAGUAUAGGGACAGAGAAGUCACCAGACACCCAGGAAUAUCUCUGAGCCAAGAAAGCUCUUUAGAGUAAUAGUAAAUUGUUUUUAAAUUAAGUCACUAAGUAGCUUAUCGACUACCAUCUAAAAGCUUUUAUUACUAAAUUUAUUUAAUGUCUUGGACUUGGGAGAUUGUUCACAUCCUGCCAUAACUGAGGGCCUGCAAGUAAUAGGAUUUUCUUCCAGCCAACCUUGCUCUUCACAAAGAGAAGGUAGUACCUCAUUAGCCUGAAAUUUGUGGUACGGCAGGUAGCCCUGGUUGAUAUUUACUUUUUCACUAUGUGUUUUUAAAAAAACAAAAACAAAAACAACACUAAGUAAAUAGUGCAAAUAAAGUUUGAUCUUCUAAAGCAUUUUAGCAGCAGCUAUUUAUGUAUUUAAACAAUGGUUAUUAUUUCUAAACCUCAUAUAACCCCUGUAGACAAAACUAUAUUAGUUAGAGUAUGUAUAUAGAAUUAGUUUAGCAGCAUUUAGUUAGAAAUACCUAAUUUUAACCUAAAUGAGCUCUUUCUCAUCUAAAAGUAGAUAUGAUUAUGUCAUGAAUACCAUUCCCCAUGCUAGGCCCUGAGUUCAGUCUUCAGCCCUGAAAAAAAUAAAAUAAAAAUAUACAUAUACAUGUAUAUCUGUAUAUCACUCUCCAUUUAGUCCAAAAUAGUGAGAUUUUAAGUUGUAUGGAAUGUUUAACCCUGUGGUAAAGGCUGCUGUAUAGGUUUUUAGGCAACGUGCCCUGUAAUGCAUAAUUCUGAUUCCUCAUUAUAUCUCUGUACUAAGCACUAAACACAAUAUAAUAAUAAUGAAUUUAGUAGCAUGCUGUUUUGUAUUUUCAUUAUAAACAUCAUAAUUUUAUAGGUAGCAGUGUCUUGAUUUAUGGUCAGAAAGCAUGUGCCUUAAAUCCUCCACUCUAGACCCAAAGUUUGGGAAACUAAUCAUUUAAUAAGUUAUGACAGCUUCAUGAUUAUUUGUAUUUCACUUGAGAGAUAAGGACUGAUCCUGAGAGAUUUCUUGACCUAAAAUAAUGCCCAGGUAUGAGUUCUAGGGCUUCUGGGGAGGGAACUGAAAUCAUGUAUACUGUUAUAGAGGUCAAAGCCAUAAGCAUCAGGGUUGUCUGAAAUAAAAUCAGUGAAAAAGUGUAUUUUCUUACGUAUUAUUUUAAUUUAAAAAUAUAUCUGGUACCACCAAAGGGUAACAGUGGUUUCUAACCAACUUCAUAUUUAUAGCAAUAUAUAAAAAUAUUGUUAUUGUGAGGCCUAGCAUAUUUUGCCACUGUUUUGUUGUUGUUGUUGUUAUAUAGGUUUAAAGGGGGUAUGUUUUAAUAUUAUGCAUGUAAAUACCUCCAUUCGCUUUUUAUUUUUUAUUUUUUGGUUCAUAUUUACUAAGAAUUAAUGUAAAAAAAUAACAAUUCAUUAACAACCAUUACACAUCAUUGAACACUCACAGGGUAAUACUGAUUUGGGUGCUACUAGACUUUUAGCUAGCAUUUGUCAAUCUCAAGAAUUCAUGUAAAGGACAGUAUUCAAUCUAGUAUAUAUUAAAAUCCAUUAGUUUAAUGAAGGUUAUUUAUAUACUGUCAUACAGAAAGCCAUGGCAGAAAGACCAUCUGCAUUUACCAGAACUUCUUUCUUCAGCUGUGAAUAAAUUGGUUAACAUCUUUUUUAUUCAGAAUUCCAUCUAAGGGAAGAAACUGGGAUAUUGCUGGUAUUUCAAACUGCUAUUGCUGGUAUUGCAAAAACAUUACUAAAUUGGUUGAUUCUGCUUACUAUUUAUAUUAAGAGAGUUCUUUCACUAAUUGAAAUGGUUAACAUUGAGGUGGUGUUGAGGAAGAAUAUUAACCUUCAAAGUCACUUUACAACAAUCGUGCAGACUUGUGUUGAGGUUUGUUGCAUUCUGAGCCCUCUUCAUAAUUUAUGAGAAACAAAAACAUAAUGGGACAAAAUUAUAGAAUAAUCAGUAUUUUUAACUUUUAUAAAUAAAAAGUUUGGUCCUUCAAGUAUCAGUGGAGGAUACUAAAAUGUAUUGACUUUUACUUUGGUCAAAUUACUAUUUUUGAUCUGAUUUUUAAAUUUUCUGUAAUUGAAAUCUUGUGAAUUAGGAAUAUCUUUAUAGAUAUAUGGAUAAUGAAAGCUUAAUGGUAAAAUAAGUGUAAUUCAGCAAUAUGAUAAGUUUUUUUCUCAAUGUAAGCUAUAGUUUACUUUAUCAGAUUUAUAUGUAACCUUAUAAUGGUAAAUGCUCUAAAAAGAAUAUCUAAUCUACUUCAACUCUAUUACCUACUACCCCUUCCCCCCCAGGACACAUAAAAAAUGUAUGUAUUCGAUCUUCUGUAUGAAUUUUGCCUUACUAAACAUUGUGCCUUAUUUUAUUAAAUUGUUUUGUUGGAAUCCAGUUCUGUAUUUUAAAAAUGUAACAAUUAACAAACAUUUACGGGG